CCCGUGUACUCUGUACUGUAGUUUGACGGUCCGGGUCGGAGCAGAGUAGCCACUCCUCCAGCUUUAGCACACGGAUGCUGGCGAUGACAGCUAACGGCUAACAGUUAGCUAACGUCGGUGUGAUUUAGUGAUUUGCCGUUUGGAAGAUGGCUGAGGACCUAAAGGGUUUCGCGGUGGAAAAAGCCGAGCUGCUCUCCAGGCACUUGAAGGAGCUCCUGUCUUCUGGACAGGGCUACGUUCGUGCUCGGCUCGGGGUGGAUCUGGGUCUGCAGCCCGAGCUGUACCCGACGUGGGUGAUGGUGUGCACGGCCGCGGUGGGUCUGCUGCUGAUCGUCGGCGCGUCCUGGGCCGCCGCGUGUGGCGCGUUCGCCGGGAAAAAGCGGGGCUCCCCGGUGAGCCGGGGCAGCGGCGAGCCCGUCAAGGCCAGUCUGCCCAAAGCUGCCAAGGCAGAGGAACAAAAGAAGAGAAACAAAAAGAAAACGCCCGACAAGGUACCGCUGACAGCUGGGCGCAGCCAGACGUGUAGAUUCCAUGUGUGUCAGCUAGCUACGAUCAACAAGACUCAGUCGAAUGGACAGCCAGUGACUACACCUCAGGAGGAAGUUAAAGAGGCUGUUGUGGUUUCCAAGCCGUCCCCGCAGAUCAAAACUGAGAAGGUGCACGAGGCAUGUCCCCCAGUGCAGGCAAAAAAGAACAAGAAGAAAGCCAAGAGCGAUGUGAAACCAGUCCAGCAGGUGUCUACACAUGAUGGGAAGGAACCUGAUGAUGGUGCAUGGGAGACAAAAGUUAGUAACCGCGAGAAGAGGCAGCAACGCAGAAAGGACAGAGGCCCUGAGGACUCGGGUAGCCCUGGAGGUGUUGAGGCCUCCAAAACCCAAGUGACUUCACCUGCUGCCAGUGCACCUCCCAAUCCUAAGAGGAACAGAGGGAACCAUGAACCCCAGCAUUCAAGACCCACUGGAAAAGGGGAUGCAGCCAGUGGAGCUGGUAAAGACAAAGCCACUUGGAGAGAAGAGCCCUUCGUCAACGGUGGAGGAUGGGCUGACAUUUCCUUGAAGCUCCCAAGUCAGAUGGGUUCUACGGAGGGAGCCAAGUGGAGUACUGUUUCUGCGGCGCCACAUUACAGGGCCCAAGCUGAUUCCCAGCGCUGGGGACAGGAGACACAAGCAGCAUGGACUGGCAUCGAUGGCCGUGCAAAGACUGACAUCAACCCUGUGACCUUGUCCAUUCUAGGACUAAACAAAAAAGACCCAAUAUCCAAUUCAGUUGAACUACAGUGGACAAAAAGCCCUGAUGCUGCUGAUGAAUGGUCUGGAUUCAAUGGAAUGGCAGCAGCGGAUCCCAGCUGCGACUGGAAUGCCCCAGCAGAGCACUGGGGAAACUAUGAAGAGCCUCCUGUGUUGAUGACACCCGCUCCUCUGGCAAAACUGAAGGAACAGCCUGAGCCCAGCAAGGUAUCUGAGGAUGAUAAGGACGUGGAGGAUCCCUCUGGCGGAGCAGCCAGAUCCAAGAAGAAGAGAAAAAAGAAGAAGAAAACAGAAGAGGAGGCUGCAACUGACGCUCAGAUGCCAAGCCAAGCAUCUCUGGUCAGUCCUGUGCCCAAAGCCCAGGAGCUUCCUGUGCUGGCUGCCAAAAAGCCUAGUUCCAACAUAUCGUCUCAGAAGUCUGAGCACAUUGUGGAGCCUCCAAAGCCCUCCCAGAAGAAAAAGAGAUGCGCUAGUCUGCUCAGUAUUAAGUCAUGGCAGGAGAGGAAAAUCCCCUAAUGGAGCGAUGAUGCAGUCCACCCACCGGAGAUUAAAGCCGCAGUCACUGGCCCAUCUGUCAGGUCCGGUCCAGCCUGCCGGCCCAGACAAGCAAAGGGGUGAGACCCGAGAGCAGGUGUAUCAAGUACAAAAGCUCUAGGAUAAAAUAAAUUCAUUCUUAGUCAUUUA